UAAAGACGUUGUAAACCUGCAAACGAUCAUUAGUUCAUUUCUGUUGCACGUUCAACAUCGCACUCUUGUCAAAAUGGCUCAGCAAAAUGAAGGUCUUGAUUUGACAGCCAGAGAUCCAAACUCCCUUCAUGGGGACAUACAGGUUGCCUUUCACGAUGUGUUGGGCGAGCCAGACGGUACCCAUAGUAUCGACUGUUUGUGGACCUCCUCUCACACGUGCUUCACCUGCUCAAAGAACUGCUGCUACAAGUUUGUCAGUACUUUGUGUGGCCUCUGCAUCGCUGUUGCCUGGGGUUGUGAGUUCGCCCUGAUCACCUUUGAGGCAGUGUGGUGCUUUACACCAGCUCUCAAGGCCUACUCAAUAAUUAUGGGAAUUAAUCAGCGGUGCUUCGGUAUUCUCAUCAGCUGCUGUCUUGCUCCAAUCUGUGAAACAUUUGGAUUAUGCUUCAGUAAUAUUUCAAUGAAAAAGAUGUGAAAACAAUUGACAAUCGAUGAGAUAUCUAAACUGAUCGAUAAAUGUUACGUUUUCAUAUACUUGAAGGUGAGAGGAUAUCUUAUGAAAAUGCAGUGACUUCUAGAUGACUUGUCUUGAUAGCUGCAUGACUUCGAUAAGCUGAAACAUGCUUUGUGCAUAUCAGGAACAAAUCUAGAAUCGUAAUCACACGGACGUUCAUAACAUACCGUAUAAUGGAAUGUCUAGAUGCUUAACUGUAAAAAGUGUCGGUCACCAGCAGGCUAAAUUAAAAUGUUAAAUAAUU